AUAACACAACGCCAAACAAAAUUUCUGAGGUCACAAACAAGCCAAAACAUAACACUCUACACUACCAUAUGCAAAACUUCAAUUUCACCAUUUCACUCUCAAUUCCAAUUCCAAUCCAACAACAACAACAAACUUCACAAUGCGACUUCUUUCAACACCUUCCCUCUCCUUCCCCCCAUUUCUCAUCCAAACAAAUCGCUCCAUUUCCCGCCGUCGCUACUCCGUCAGAUGCGCCACUUCCAUCAACGACGGUGGCAAUUCCUUUACGGCAAAGUCAGGGUACUUGUUUGAGCUGAGUGCGAUUGAAGCGGAUUCUUUAUCGGAGUACAGUAUAUCGAAAAUUGCGGCGAUUUAUUAUAGAAAGCCGAUUGUUGUGGCUAGGAGAUUGUUUCAGACUGGUAUUGCUUUUGCCAAGUGGUUUGGUUUACGGUAUCUUGAUAAUCGUUUUGAUCGCUCUGAUGAUAUGUUUGAGGUUAGAGCUGCAGAGCUAAGGAAGAUAUUGGUGGAACUUGGGCCGGCAUAUAUCAAAAUUGCUCAGGCUAUAUCAUCUCGUGCUGAUUUGAUACCACCAUCAUAUCUUGAUGAGCUCUCACUUCUACAAGAUCGAAUAAGUCCAUUUUCCACUGAAGUUGCUUUCAAUAUGAUUGAACAAGAACUUGGUUUAUCCUUGGUUGAAAUUUUCUCAGAGAUUUCACCCGAGCCUGUUGCUGCUGCUUCCCUUGGGCAGGUAUAUCAAGCUAGGCUUCGCAGAACAGGACAAGUUGUUGCUGUUAAAGUGCAAAGACCAGGGGUUCAAGCUGCAAUUUCCCUUGACAUAUUAAUCUUGCGUUUUAUGGCAGGGCUGGUUCGUACAGCAGGCAAAUUGAAUACUGAUCUUCAGGCACUUGUCGAUGAGUGGGCAUCAAGCCUUUUCCGGGAGAUGGACUACAAUAAUGAAGCAAGGAAUGGUAUCAAGUUUAGGAACUUAUAUGGUUCUAUACAAGAUGUGGUGGUUCCUUUGAUGUACACGGAGUACACAACUCGCAAGGUCAUUGUUAUGGAAUGGAUUGAGGGGAGAAGGUUGUCAGAAGUGAAGGAUCUCUACCUGAUUGAGGUAGGAGUUUACUGCUCAUUCAAUCAACUUCUUGAGUGUGGGUUCUAUCAUGCAGACCCACACCCUGGAAAUCUUCUUCGGACAUCUGAUGGAAAAUUAGCUUAUUUAGAUUUUGGUAUGACUGGUGAAUUCAAACAAGAAUUGCGUGAUGGAUUCAUUGAAGCGUGUCUACAUCUUGUCAAUCGUGAUUUUGAUGCAUUAGCUACGGACUUUGUCACUCUUGGGCUUCUUCCACCAACUGCCGAGAAAGAAGCUGUUACAAAGGCUUUGACAGGUGUCUUCCAAAAUGCUGUUUCCAAAGGAGUUCGUAAUAUCAGUUUUGGAGACCUUCUGGGAAACCUGGGAACAACCAUGUAUAAAUUCAAAUUUAGGAUACCUUCAUACUUCUCACUUGUUAUUCGAAGCCUUGCUGUACUGGAAGGAAUUGCAGUCGGCUUUAACCCGGACUACAAAGUCUUGGGUAGUACUUACCCUUGGAUUGCCAGAAAAGUGCUUACUGACAGCUCUCCUCAGCUUAGAUCAUCUUUGGAGAAUCUUCUUUAUAAGGAUGGUGUUUUCGAUAUAGACCGACUUGAGUCUUUGCUGACAGAGUCUCUCCGUGCCAAGACAGAUAAGACCUUGGUAAAACAACCAUCUGAAGGUGCAGAUUCGAAAAUAGUUAUGAAGGAAAUACUUUCUUUUACACUAACCGAAAAGGGUGGAUUUGUGAGGAAAAUAAUUAUUCAAGAAUUUGCCAAGGGUUUAGAUGCACUUGGGCUAGCUACCUUGGAAACAGCUGCUGCAAGAGUUCCUUUCAGUACUUUCUUUUUCCCGUCUUUAAUGACCGAAGAAGAUAUUGUCAACUUAAGGACAUUCCAACGCCUUAUGCUCUUACUUUCAGGGACCAGAAGAAAAGAGGACUUCAAUACAGGAAACACAAAGGCUAGUCCUGAUCAGAAUCAAAUACUGUACACGGAGGAGCUCUCUCUAGUUUUAAAUCAAUUUGACUCCAUUCAAGACAUUCUCCCUGUUCUUUCUGUCAUUCCUGAGCUUCCAUCAGAAUCCCAGCAGCAAUUACUUCAAUUGCCAGCUAACUUGGUUCGACAGUUAAUAUCUCGCGCUGCUGCAAGAACUGUUAGGAGGGUGUUUUUGUGAUAUAUGGAAGUACAAGAGCAACUAAAUAUUCUUUUUCCUUCUCAUUAAGGUGAUGGGAAAACAUUUAGAACUUGUGACUUGAAUUUGCUUAGCAUAUGCCACACUUAAUUUGAGUAUAUGUACAAAAAUUUAAAAUUAAAAAAACUAUUUAUAGUUUCUACCAAAA